AUUAACAAUGGUGUCAUUUUCUAUGAACAAAGAAACAAAGUCCAGUUUUUUAAGUACUAUGGGCUUAUAUUAUCAAACCAAAAAAAAAAAGUAUUAUGGGCUUAUAUCGAUGCCAAAUCUAAUUUGAAGCCCAAUAGAAAUAAACAAUGGAUAUCUCAUUUUGUAGAGGCCCAUGGCCCUCCCUUCUCUUCUAGAUUUGUUACCUUAUCCCAUCAAGACUCAGGUAUUCGACUCUCUCUCUCUCUCUCUCUCUCUCGAUUCAGAGAAUAGCAGAAGAUGUUAUCCAUGUCAGUUCAACCAAGCAUAACAAGCAGGCCUUCCUCUGUUUUCAAGAACAUCUCCUCCGCACCCUCAAAAACCUCAUUUUCUGUGAACCCAAGAGCUUCCCACUUGCGCUCUUCUUACCUGAAAUCCAAGUCCACUAGUUUUGUCGCCGCCGCCGCCGCUGCCGCCACAGAAGUAGCUCCGGCAGAAACACCCGCCGACGCCGAACUCGUUCCACAACCGCAGACAGGUGCAGUGGGUGCGCGUCUGGUGUUGAAGUUCAUAUGGAUGGAGAAGAACAUCGGUCUGGGACUGGAUCAGAGCAUACCGGGGCACGGCACAGUGCCCCUCAGCCCUUACUUCUUCUGGCCCAGGAAAGAUGCAUGGGAAGAGCUCAAGGCAACUCUAGAGAACAAGCCAUGGAUCUCUCAGAAGAAGAUGAUCAUUCUCCUCAAUCAGGCCACAGACAUCAUCAAUCUCUGGCAACAGAGCGGUGGCAAUCUCUCUUGAAUUCCACACUCCUCUAGGAUCAUCCUUCUUUGCCUUUAUCUUGUACUAUUUUGACUCUAUGCUCUAUUUUUUGCUGCUUCACUCUCAAUACAAAUGCCCCUUUUCAUUACA